AUGUACGACUUCCUGACCCAUGACCCCCCCCACCUUAAGCCCCAAAAAUGGGACAUAUGCCCAGUGAUACAUAGGCUUCUUGAUAAAGCAGAAAUCCUCUUGAUAGUUUUCGUCUUUCAUGACAUCUGCACCCAGAUGUUGAAACCAAGGAGAUUCCUUGAACGAUGGGGUCCCACCAACGCUAAAAGCAAGCAGCGCCGCAUCAUUGUACCACACAGCCUUCACCUAGCCAAUUGUAAACUCGGCGUCAUGAUUGCCAGCGAUGGAGCCAAUGAUGGACAUUCGUUCACGAAGGCCGGCAGAAAAUGCCCCGGCUUGCCCCACCCCAAGAAGGCUGGUAAAUUUGAUCCUAUGUAG